GGUGUUUGCAAAUGGAUAUUCGAUGAGCUUUUAGCUGUCUGUGAGACAAGCUUUCACUACCAGGACAAAGUCCGUCCUUUUUCUUACGUUGUACGCAUUGCAUCAGAGAUGCGGAUGUAUCCUCCAAAAGACUGGCUUGUGAGAUCAUCAAUGCCUUCAAAUUUCAAUCAAGACAUCAUACAGAUGGUACUUAAUGAGCUUUCUCCGGAUAAAGUCCGAAUCUUCUGGAAGUCAAAGAAAUUUGAAGGGCUUACCGAGAUGGUGGAACCAUGGUAUGGUACUGCAUAUUCCAUUGAGAAAGUCACUACCUCCAUGAUUCAGGAGUGGAUGUUAUUGGCUCCUAAUGAGAAUCUGCAUCUACCAGCACCUAAUGUCUUCAUCCCAACAAAUUUGUCACUUAAAGAUCCAGUAGAAAAGAUCAAGUAUCCAGUUUUACUUAGGAAAUCAUCCUAUUCAAGGGUCUGAUACAAGCCUGAUACAAUGUUCUCCUCUCCUAAGGCAUUUGUUAAGAUAGACUUCAACUGCCCCUACGCUAGAAAUUCCCCUGAAGCUCAAGUUCUUACAUCAAUUUUUGCCAAGUUGGUGAUAGAUUACUUGGAUGAAUAUGGUGACAGUGUUUGGUUACAAUCACAAACUACGGAUCCUAUUGGAUACUAUUGUUGAUAAAAUUGCAAAAUUUGAAGUAAAACCUGACAGGUUUUCCGUAAUCAAGGAACGGGUAACACAAGACUAUCAAAAUCGAAAGUUUCAGCGACCUUAUCAACAGGCUAUGUACUAUUGCUCAUUAUUAUUGGAGGACCGCUCAUGGGCUUGGAUGGAAGAACUUGAAGUCCUGCCAAAUAUUAAAGCCGAAGACCUCGCCAAAUUUGCUCUCAUGAUGCUCUCAAGGGCGUUCCUUGAAUGUUACAUGGCAGGUAAUAUUGAACGUGUUGUGGCAGAGUCAAUGAUAAAGCAUGUUGAAGAUAUUUUCUUUAAGGGCUCAAACCCUAUAUGUCAACCAUUAUUUCCAUCCCAGCAUCCUACAAAUAGAGUUUUAAAACUUAUAAGAGGCAUGAAUUACUUCUACUCCAAGGAAGGACUAAAUCCAAGUGACGAUAAUUCUGCCCUUCUCCACUAUAUUCAGGUUCAUCAAGAUGAUUUCAUGUUGAAUGUAAAACUCGAGCUUUUUGAUCUUAUUGCCAAGCAACCAGCUUUCUAUCAGCUUAGAUCUGUUGAGCAACUUGGGUACUUUACCGCUCUCUUGCAGAGGAAUGAUUUUGGAAUUCGUGGAUUGCAAUUUAUUAUCCAGUCCACUGUGAAGGGCCCAGGGUAUAGUGGUUUGAGAGUUCAGGCAUUCCUCAAGAUGUUUGAGAUCCAACUUUACAAGAUGACCCAUGAUGAAUUUACGAGCAAUGUAAAUGCAUUGAUUGAUAUGAAGCUUGAGAAGCACAAGAAUCUACAGGAAGAAUCUUGGGUUUACUGGAGGGAAAUUACCGAUGGAACCCUUAAAUUUGAUCGGACAGAAGCUGAGGUUGCAGCACUAAGGUAACUUGCACAAGCAGAACUGAUAGACUUCUUCAAUGAGUAUAUAAAAGUCGGUGCACCACAGAAGAGGACCCUGAGCAUUCAUGUGGUUGGGAAGGGACAUUGAGCAGAGUAAAAAGCCACGUAAAGUGAAGUGGUUCAACCAGCCAAAAUUGAUGACAUAUUUAGUUUCUUCAGAAAAUCAUUGCCACUUUAUGGUUUAUUCAGAGGAGGCGCUAGUCAUGUAAAAUUGUAGUUUCAAAGGAGAGAGCAGAAUCAAUAUUGGAGCUUCAGCUCUUGAAAUGGAGAUACAAACUCAAACGAGCUUUGGUCAAUGACAAAGCUCAAUGUUCGAUAGUUAUCUGCACGGCACACAAGCCGUGCCAAUGCCAAUGAAAUUGUAACUUUAUAUUAAUUUUUUUCUAAUUUAUUUCUAGGACUGAAAAUUAAACUAAAGUCAUACAUAUUUGAAAGAAAUUUGCUUCUGCUUUGAGAACUUCUAUAAAAUGAAAGCAGAAAAGUUUGCUAAGUGAUGUAGAGGAAACAAAUUGUGUAUGGUUUGUAAAAUGGUGGGGAAACUAGUUGCGAUUCUUGUGCAAGUGCUGUUAUCAAAGAGUGCAUUUUUGUACUUUUUUGGUUUUUUAGUAAAUAGCUUUUUAAUUC